AUGCGCUUAUUGGUGGCAGCUGCGCGCGCCGACGAUCUCAGUCCAACACAAUGCCUCGCUAAUCCUAUUAUGGCAAGAAAUUCUGAGCGCAAAUGUUUCAUAUACGAGCAGUUUGAAUUGGAACGGAAGAAGAAGCGCGAACAUGCGCAAACGAAGCGACGAGUACCACCACCAUACAUUUCCAUCAAGGACACCCUCAAAGAGACGACGGUUGUAGUCCCAGACAUCAAGGUUUUCAAAAGGCCCGAGGUGAAACCAACGUACGUGUGUGCAGUGACGGGACAACCAGCUCGAUAUCGCGACCCUAUCACUGGUCUACCGUAUUCGACUCCUUUCACAUUCAAGAUCAUCCGAGACAAGUACCACAAGUACUUGAAAACGAUUAAGGAUAAUCCUGAAGUGACGGAAUACAUGAAGCAAUUUGAAUAA